UACACCAAUGCAAAACGAUAUCACGUGACAGUGCCAUGACUCAUGUGACACUUCCACCGGUCAUGUGAUGCACAUCUAUGCAAAAAAUGGCGGCUAGCAAGACAGGAUGGAUUUUGACGGCGAUGGCUUAUUUUGGAGUGUGCUACGGUUUACCUAGCAUAGUAACAGAUACUCCGCCAACUUGGGGAGAUGUAUACAGUGUUAAUGGUACUCUUAUGCUGCCAUAUGCUGAAAUCUCGGAACCUUUCAUUAGUUACUAUGAUGCUACCAACAAAAGGAGCAGGAUAGACUAUUAUGGAGGAAUGGUGAUGACAGUUCAGAGGGCAGAUCAGGGACAGUAUGGAACCAGUUACAAAGUGGCACCUUUGACCACCUAUAAAGUACGCAAUCAGAUGAGCUGCUUCAAGGUCCCAGGAUUCUCUGAGGCACCGGUAGAUGUGCAGAUAGCACUUCCAGAUCUCACUGGAUUUGUGAAAAAGGCCAACCGAGAGCUCAUUGAAGGCAAAGAAUGUGAUGUGUGGACAAUGGUAGACAAAGAGGGUCAUAAGACAAACGAGUACACAAUGUGGGUCUCGCCUGAAACAAACUUUCCUGUGCGAUAUGAGAUGAUGGGUUUUGAUUCCCUUCUUGGUUCCCAUUUUGACAAAUAUGUCAUAGAUUAUUCUGAUUACAAUACAUCUCCCAUACCAGAAUCAGUCUUUGAGACUCCAUCCAGUAUUACCUGUGGGGACUUCCCGGGACCUGGAGAUUCAGUGCACAGGGUUCUUAAUAACCCUAUACAUGAAUUUGUGAAUAACCAUGACAGCCAUAUUGUUGAGAUGUUUGAGCAGUUUAAGAGCACACAUAAACCGGUUUAUGCUCACGACAAAGAGCAUGCUCAAAGAUUACACAACUUCAGACAGAACGUCAGAUAUAUCCAUUCCAAGAACAGACAGGGUCUCACAUUUAAACUUGCUGUCAAUCACCUAGCAGAUAAAUCUUCAGAAGAAUUGAAGUUACGAAAUGGAUACAGACAUACACCAGGUGAUCAUGGUGCACAGGUUUUCGAUAAAUCCACUGUUGACCCAAAUGAUGUACCAGCCACAAUAGACUGGAGAAUUCUUGGAGCUGUAACACAAGUGAAGGAUCAGGGUGUUUGUGGUUCAUGCUGGAGUUUCGGUACAGUUGGUGCUAUAGAGGGCGCUUAUUUUGUUAGGUACGGCGAACGAGUGAGAUUCUCCCAGCAACAAUUGAUCGAUUGUUCAUGGGGAGAGGGAAAUAACGCCUGUGAUGGGGGCGAGGAUUUUAGGUCAUACAUGUAUAUAAUGAAGCAUGGUGGAUUGACAAGUGAGGAGAUUUAUGGCCAGUAUUUGGCUCAGGAUGGUUACUGUCAUGAUGAUAAAGUAGCAUCCAUGGUGAAGUUGACUGGUUACACAAAUGUGACAGCUUUUGACCAAGAGGCCUUGACUUUCGCCAUAGCAACCAAAGGACCAGUCUCUGUUGCCAUUGAUGCUUCUCAUAAAUCUCUCUCCUUUUACUCUGAUGGGGUUUAUUAUGAACCAGAAUGUGGAAAUCAACCAGAUCAGUUAGACCAUGCUGUGUUGGCUGUUGGUUAUGGUGAAAUUGAUGGACAGAAAUACUGGCUGAUCAAGAACUCCUGGUCAACGUACUGGGGUAACGAUGGCUAUGUUCUCAUGUCACAGAAAGAUAACAACUGUGGAGUUGCAACGGCACCAACUUUUGUUACUGUUGGAUAAUUUUGUACAUCUAAUUUGUUGCCACAUUCAAGAAAAAUUACAAAAAAAAAUUAAGUGACCUACAUGUUCAUUGUGUUUUCAAAAUUAGAAUAUAACCUGUAUGAAUUUCCUUUUCUACAAAUUUCACUAUGUAUAAUUAUAUUUAUGUUAAUUAAUGUGCCAUCUGUUGUAUUUAAAUGCCUUUCUUACAAUUUCUAUUGUACAUUAAAGGUCGAUUCCUCCACUAUUUUCACAUCAAAGAGUUUUGAGCUAAGUCAGAAAAAAACUUCUGUACAAAUAUACAAUGCCUAAUAGACUGUACACUUAAUGAGAUUGAUAAAUAAAGAUUUACAUUCCAUAACGUACUAACCAAUGGGUGUGCUUUUUUAAUAUGAAUGUUUAAAUCUGUUUAUGGUCACGUUUAUCUGUUUUUGGAUGCAUCUGUCUGUUUCUGGACAUGUCUGUGUUUUGAAAUGCAUGUAUGGAUAAAAUUAUUGUUUAACAAAAUGGUAGAAUUGCUUGCUUAAUUACUUAUUCAUAUUUGCAAUUUUGCUAUGAUGUGUAUUGUAACUGAACUUUUCUGAUUCAUAUGAGAUUAUUCUUUAUUAUAUGAGUUAUAAAUAAAAUGAUUUCCAUUGGUCAGAAACUGAUACAUUUAACUCCAAGUAAAUGUCAUAUUCAACGUUUUUUGGUUCUGAGAGCUAAGCAUAUCAAUGUUUGAUCCUUUCACUAAAUCUAAAUUUAGAACAAAAAUGUAUGCUUUCAAUUUGAAAUGUAACGCAGGAAUAGUUGUAUUGGAUAUGCUGUGAUAUUCAUGGUAAGAAGGUAAUAUUGAAGUACAUUUUGUAUAUUAUUGCCUUGGUCAAUAUUGCCUUUAUUUGAUGAUUUAAUAUCAUAUCAUGUUAAAGUUUAUGCAAUCACUGUCAAAAAUUGUAUCUUGGUUGAUAUUUAAUAAAUACUGUUGAUUAUUCAUAUUUUUGUAGAUCUUUCGACAUUAAAAGUUAUAAUAUU